GUUUUCAAAGAAUUUGUAGGUCUUCCCAAUCUUUAUAUUAAUACUCAUUUGGCAUUACAUGUGCAAACAUAUGGAAACCUCAUCAAUACUGGAAAUAUUAAAUUGGACUUGUUAAAACAUUAUACGACCUUAUUUGCUAUAAGGCAUCUAAUUGAUGGUGGAAUUGAUAUUAGAUCUUCAAGUCCAAGUCAAGUUUUUCAAGAAAAUGAAGAACUUAAUGAUGAUGAAGGCAA